UAUGCAUGUUACAAAAAACGUGAAGCUAAUUAUGUUUGGACUCUAUAAAUAAGAGAGAAAUUAGAAGUAUAACAUAUCAUAUGUGCCAACAACAAAUAAAAAAGUAAAAGACCAACAUUAAAAAAAAAUGGCAUUGCUACCAAGGUUUUUAGCGUUCCAAAAUGCAAGACAAUUCUUGCAAUAUGAACCAAAACGUUUCACACCAGAGUGCGGGUGUCAAGUCCGGUGAUACUAAGUGAAACGAAUUUUACAAGGUUUGAAGUGGUGCAAUCAAGAACUCGUAACAUGGUCAGCAUACGAACCACCUACAACAAUAAGUUCCUACGACUCGAACCUGGUUCGUCAUUUUUGGUUGCAACGGCUCAUGUGCCCGAGGAAGACCGUUCUAAAGAAUCUUGCACUUUGUUUAGGUAUGUCUAUAACAGGCAAAAUGGACUCUUGGGUCUUCUCCACCAGUCCCGAAAUACCGAGCGUACGGUUAUCAUAUCAUCAUCAUCUUUAUCUGUUGGGAGCACAAGCAACGUUGUUCAAAACUUGAUAGUAACAGACCUGGUGAGGUUGGUGAUGAUGCCGAGGCAAGUGACAUUUAAAGGAGACAAUGGGAUGUACCUACAUAGACAAGAUAGGUUCUAUCUCCGAUUCACAAAGCCAGACAGACUAACUUCAACUGUGCACCACGUUGCACGUACUCAACCUAAUGGUGAUGUUAGGUUUGAGGCCCCUGAUCAUCCUAAUUUUUUUUGGGCGAGGAAUAAUUGGGAAUGGAUUAGAUAUAAUGAUGCAGCCCCCUUGGCACAAACUCUGUUCCGCCCGGUCAGGCUAAGUACGCAAAGCAAAACCAUUGCUUUGUUGAGCUUGGCUAGGAAUAGGUAUUGUAUGAGAUGGAAUGGCAACGAAGGUCAAGAUUAUCUUUGUGCUUCUACAGAUAGCAUAAUCCCUGAGGCAGUGAUGACAGUUGAGGAGCCAAUUCGGGAUAGAAAUAUCUUGAUUAUCAGUUACGAUGUGAAGAAUGGCAGAAUAUAUAAUUUACAAACACGACGGAUUGUGAAUAGAACAAGAACCAACUAUUCUUUUACUGAAGACUUGGAUGAAAAAAUUCCCUUCUCUUUCGAAAAGGUGAGUGAAGAUAGGUUCUACUCAUCGCAUUCAUGGAAGGUGUUUGAACCCUCGUCUGUAGAAGUUACUGCCAUCCCGAGGCUAAUUUCUACAACAGAAAUUGGUAUGGAAAAGUCUGGAAAUAAUAAUGUUGAAUGGUCCAACGUAAAUAGGGAGACUCAAACACAAGAGCGUUCAGUAAAGGUAAGUAUACCUCCUAGAAGUCGAAUAAUGGUGACUUUUACAGUUACCCAGGGAUUUAUUGAUGUUCCUUACUCUUACAAACAACGUGAUAUUCAUAUUGAUGGUAACCAUGAGACUAGAAUCUUGGAAGAUGGUGUUUUCACUGGUUUCAACACAAUUGUUGAUCAUGUUGUAAGUGAUCCUUUACCUCUUCCUCGGACUUAUGAAAUGCCACCUUUGGAGGACCUUGAUGGUGUUGACGGAGAAUCUGAUCCCAACUUCCCAUCAUCUGAUAAUGAAGAGAUCAAUGAGGAAGAUGGAAAAGAAUAUGUUGAUGCUGAUAAUGAUGUUGGACCACUUGCUCCACCAUCUUAACUCUGAUUUACUUGUAUUACCAUUUACCAUUAAAUAAAUAAAUAAAUAUCAAUCCGAACCCACCCCUGUCUAGACAUGGAUUGAUCGUGUAUGGAAUGGUAUCAAUGAAGAAUAAAUGCAUUUAUGUUGUUUUAAUUUAUUUAUAAGUCUUUUGAUUUUGUGUUUUCAGAAAAAAAAAAAUUGAUUGAUAUUCAUUUUUCAAAUAAUUACAUUAAAGUAUUGGGCUAGAGGCUAGAGCUUCACAUGGGUAAGGCUUUUUCAAA